AGCAAAUUUUUGUGUUUUAAAGAUCUGUCUGUGAUCUUUCUUAACAACAUUCAACAAACCACCACCAAACCAAAGAGUACCUAUAUUGUUUAGUGUUGUUUACUGAAAUAAUUUCAUUAUAAUAGAUGGUUGUUUAAUAUACUUAAUAAUAAUAAGAUUGUCCUUUAAUUAUGUCUGAUGAAUAUGCUGCUGUGAAAAGGGGCAAACUUAUUCUAAAAGGAGAUAAACGCAAGGCAAAGAAACGAAAACACAAGAAAACAGAAAAAUCGGAAGACUUAAAAGUUGAUAAUGACUGCAUCAGGCAUGGUGGGUGGUGGAAAGUAACCAAAAUAGAAGAUGUCACAGGCUCUAUAUCUAUUGAAUUUGGGAAUAACACAUACAUAUCGGCAUUGGACAAUGGUCUGUUUACAAUUGGAGCACCACAUGGGGACACAGAGGGCCCGUCACCAGAAGAGAUCUUUACGGCAUUCCCAGCUGGCGAAAACAAGUUCGCACUGAAAUCUGGUUAUGGGAAGUAUAUAGGUGUGUCUAAGGAUGGAGUUGUUAUAGGCAGAUCGGAUGCUGUUGGUCCUAUGGAGCAAUGGGAACCUGUUUGGCAGGAUGGUAAAACUGCAAUCCUAAGUUCACUGAACAAAUUUAUGUCGGUGAACAAUGAGGACUCCGUAGUGGCGCAGAGUGCAGUAGCAGAAGAUCUUGAAUUCUGCAGUAUACGCAGCAAUAAGUGCAGAGAGGUGAAUAAAGUGGUCAUCCCUGAGGAGGAACAGGGUGAUCUGGCAGAGGUUGAAGUCAAUUAUGUAAAGAAGUUCCAAAAAUUCCAAGACAAGAAACUUCGCGUCAACGACGGCAGCGUAACUGAAUUGAAGCGAGCCAAGUUGGACGGGACCCUUCACGAGACUCUCCUCGACAGAAGAAGUAAAAUGAAAGCGGAUCGUUACUGUAAAUAAAUCA